CCUGGGAACGGCGGCCGCGGGCUCGCGCUCCUAGGUCGUCCUGCUGCCGGGCUGUGGGUACAUGCUCCGCGAUGUCGCGCCGGAAGCCGGUCUCUGGUGGCGCCGCUCCCGCCGGCCCAGGUCCUGCAAGGCAGGCGGUUUUGAGCAGAUUCUUCCAGUCUACGGGAAGCCUGAAAUCCACCUCCUCCCCAACGGGUGCAGCCGAGAAGGCGGAUCCUGACUCUGACUCCGCAGCGCCCCUAGCGGCCACUCUCCCGCCUCAGUUGCCGCCACACGUGGUUGCAGAAAUCGAUAGGAGUAAAAAGAGACCACUGGAGAGUGAUGGGCCUGUUAAAAAGAAAGCAAAGAAAGUCCAAGAAAAGGAAGAAGGAAGUGAUUCAGUAAUGUCUGGGAACCCUGAGCCAAAGAAACAUCUGAGGACCAGGAUCGUUUUAAAGUCUCUGGAAAAAUUGAAAGAAUUCUGCUGCGAUUCUGCCCUUCCUCAAAAUAGAGUCCAGACAGAGUCUCUUCAGAAGAGAUUUGCAGUUCUGCCAAAAUGUACUGAUUUUGAUGAUAUCAAUCUUCUACGUGCAAAGAAUGCAGUUUCUUCUGAAGAUUCCAAAUCUCAAACUAGUCAAAAGGACAAGACACUCAGUCAUUUUGGAUCAUCACAUAGCAGUUAUGAAAACUUACAGAAGACUUCUGAUUCUAAACCAUCUAACAAACGGACCAAAAGCAUCUACACCCCCUUAGAAUUACAAUACAUAGAAAUGAAGCAGCAGCAGAAAGAUGCAAUUUUGUGUGUGGAAUGUGGAUAUAAGUAUAGAUUCUUUGGGGAAGAUGCAGAGAUUGCAGCCCGGGAGCUCAAUAUCUAUUGCCAUUUAGAUCACAACUUUAUGACAGCAAGCAUACCUACUCACCGGCUGUUUGUUCACGUACGCCGCCUUGUGGCCAAGGGAUAUAAGGUGGGAGUUGUGAAACAAACUGAAACAGCUGCGUUAAAAGCCAUUGGGGACAACAAAAGUUCACUCUUUUCCCGGAAAUUGACCGCUCUUUAUACAAAAUCUACACUUAUUGGAGAAGAUGUAAAUCCUUUAGUCAAGCUGGAUGAUGCUGUUAAUGUUGAUGAGAUAAUGACUGAUACUUCUACCAGCUAUCUUCUGUGUAUCUGUGAAAAUAAGGAAAAUGUUAAAGACAAAAAAAAGGGGAACGUUUUCAUUGGACUUGUGGGGGUGCAGCCCGCCACGGGUGAGGUUGUGUUUGACAGUUUCCAGGACUCCGCUUCCCGUUCAGAGCUAGAAACUCGGAUAUUAUGCCUGCAGCCAGUGGAGCUUCUGCUUCCAUCAGACUUGUCAGAGCAAACCGAGAUGCUCAUCCAGAAGGCUACAGCUGUUAGCGUGCGGGAUGACAGAAUUCGAGUAGAAAGGUUGGAUAACAUGUAUUUUGAAUACAGCCACGCUUUCCAAGAGGUUACAGAAUUUUAUGCAAAAGACAUAGUUGACAGUAAAGGUUCUCAAAGUUUUUCUGGCAUCAUUAACUUGGAAAAGCCUGUGAUUUGCUCUUUGGCUGCCAUAAUAAGAUAUCUGAAGGAGUUUAACUUGGAAAAGGUGCUUUCCAAACCCAAGAAUUUUAAACAAUUGUCAGGUGAAAUGGAAUUUAUGACAAUUAAUGGAACAACAUUAAGGAACCUGGAAAUCCUUCAGAAUCAGACUGAUAUGAAAACGAAAGGAAGUUUAUUUUGGGUUUUAGACCAUACUAAGACUUCAUUUGGGAGACGGAAGUUAAAGAAGUGGGUGACCCAGCCACUCCUUAAACUAAGGGAGAUAAAUGCUCGACUUGAUGCUGUAUCUGAAGUUCUCCAUUCAGAAUCCAGUGUGUUUGGCCAGAUAGAAAAUCAUCUACGUAAAUUGCCUGACAUCGAAAGAGGACUCUGUAGCAUUUAUCACAAAAAA